UAAACACAUCUUAUCAAAAUACGGGGAACAACAAAUCAGCUGAGAUAAUUAUAUUUCCCAUAUUGAAUAUGCUGUUUUUGCUGCGAUUAGAUAUUUAUAAUUUACUUUAUCUGUGAUAAUGCUUAAUUUUUAAUAUUUUCAUUCUGAUGUCAAAACAAUGGGAAAAACAAACGUCCAGAAAAUUAUUUGUUUUAUAAUAUUCACAACAUUGUGUCAUCUCGUGUUUGGCUUUUUAGGAGAAGCACAUCAUCCACCUUUAAAUAAUAUUGUAACCACUCAAGAUAUUAUUGCCGGAGACGUUUUCUUUGAAAUAACCGAACCUUUUUCAUUGGAAUACACUUAUAGAUUACGACCAGCUAAGAAUUUCGGAACUUCAUUUUCGAAACCAUUAGAGGGAGUCGCAUUAGUUCCUGCAAUUCCAUCUCAUGGAUGUAUAAAACUUGAAAAUAAUCAUGCUUUACGCGGUAAUGUGGCUCUAAUUGAUCGUGGGCAGUGUUCGUUUUUGACUAAAACUAUAAAUGCUGAAGAUGCUGGAGCCAGAGCUGCUAUCAUCACAGAGUUUAACAGCGAAUCAAAUGAAUUUGAUUAUUAUAUAGAAAUGAUACAUGACGAAACAAACCGUGAUGCUCAUAUUCCCGCAGGAUACUUACUUGGCAGCAACGGUGUAGCUAUAAGAAAUACUUUGCGCCGAUUAAAAAGGACUUAUGCUCGCAUUAACUUGCCCGUUAAUUUGACGUUUGUUCCACCAUCAAGAAUAAAUCAUCCUCCUUGGUUAGGUUGGUAAAAAAUUGAAUUGACAAAAAGUUUGUAAACUAAAGCUUGUAACCAAAGUGACUUCAUGUUUUCUACGUAAGAAAAUAUUUGUUUAAAAUAAAAAUUAAUCUAUUUAAAUGUGUAACUGUCUAUAAAAUAAGUACAAACCAAAAAUAUAUAUUAUAGUAAAUCAUAAUUAAAAAUUAUGGUAAAAAAACUAACAAAAACUAGUAGCAAUAUUAUUUAAUUUAUUAUUAAGAUUUUUAAAGAAAGAUAAAGGCAACGACGCACAUUGGAAACAUUGGAUUGGUAAAUGGGAUCGAAAAUAGCUCUUUAUUAAGGGUAAUAGGGUAAUAUUAAUAUGUUAUUAACAUAGUCGUAUUUGAUUGUUUAUUUUAAUGUUAAAAAAUUCAUAUUUCUUUGUCAUUUCCAUCUGCCUUUUCGUGAUUUACAAUUUUGAAAAUAUAAUAAAAAGUGGCACAUAGUUUUAAUAUGGAUCAAA